CCAGCGUGCGAUCGCUCUCUUCUUCUUUCCUCCAGCCACACAGCCACGCAUUGAUCAACCAACACCUCGUGUGUGCGUGCGUCUUUUGUCUCAUCUGUCUCCGUGAUCUCGAACCAGUCGAUCCAAACAAGUGCAGGAAACCAGCAUCAUGUCUCGCUACGACGACUACAGCUCUGGCCGCUAUGACCGCGGCGGAAGCAGCUAUGGCGGCAGCAGCUACGGCGGCAGCAGCUAUGGUGGAAGCAGCUACGGUGGCGGUGGCUAUGGCGGCGGCGGCGGCUAUGGCGGCGGUGGCCGUUAUGGUGGUGGCGGUGGCGGCCGUUACGGCGGCGGCGGCGGCGGCUUCGACUCCUAUGGAAUGGGCGGCCGACUCCGCGAGCUCAACUGGGCCGAAAUUUUGCCCACGCUCCCCGUGUUCCACAAGAACUUCUACAAGGAGCACGAGGCCACGCUCAACAUGACCGACUCUGACGUGCAGGCCUUCCGCAGCGAAUCCAAGAUCACCGUGCACGGCCGCGAGGUUCCCCGCCCCGUGACGCGCUUCGAACACGCCAACUUUCCCCGCUACAUCAUGGACGUGCUCAGCUCUCAGGGGUUUGAAAAGCCCACGCCAAUUCAGGCGCAGGGCUGGCCAAUGGCGCUCAAGGGUCGCAACAUGAUUGGCAUUGCGGACACAGGUUCCGGAAAGACACUCUCCUUCAUCCUGCCCGGGAUUGUCCACAUCAACCACCAGCCGCUGCUCAAGCCCGGCGACGGCCCCAUUGUGCUGGUGCUCGCCCCCACGCGUGAGCUGGCCCAGCAGAUUGGCCAGGUUGCCUUCCAGUACGGGUCCUCGUCCCGCAUCCAGAGCACGUGCGUCUUUGGCGGUGCUCCCCGUGGCCGCCAGGCCCGCGAGCUGCAGCGCGGCGUUGAGAUUCUCAUUGCCACCCCUGGCCGCCUGAUUGACUUCCUUGAGAACGGCACCACCAACCUCAAGCGCUGCACGUACCUUGUCCUUGACGAGGCCGAUCGCAUGCUCGACAUGGGCUUUGAGCCACAGCUGCGCAAGAUUGUGUCGCAGAUCCGCCCUGACCGGCAGACGCUCAUGUGGAGCGCGACGUGGCCAAAGGAGGUGCAGUCGCUUGCGCACGAGUUCCUUGGCGACGACGUCAUUCGCGUGCAGAUUGGCUCGGCAGACCUCUCCGCCAACCACAAGAUUGACCAGCGCAUCAUCGUUCUCAGCGAGUCUGAGAAGUUCCGCGAGAUUGAGGAUCUGCUGCGCGACAUCCAGCGCAAGCCGGAGAACAAGACCAUCAUCUUCACAGAGACGAAGCGCGGCUGCGACGACCUCAAAUACGACCUGCAGCGCGCCGGGUUUUUGGCUGAGGCGAUGCACGGCGACAAGCGGCAGGAGGAGCGCGACCGCGUGCUCGGCCUCUUCCGCUCCGGCCGCUGCCCCAUCCUCAUUGCCACAGACGUAGCCUCACGUGGCCUCGGUAGGUUCGCACGCGCGCACACACACACGUGUAUACAUGCACACAUACAUACACACACGCACACGCACACACGCAUGCACAAAGCGCGCGCACCACCUCCUUGUUUCCUUAUCUGUUACCUGGUUGGCCUUUUUUUUUUUUUGUCGUUUCGCUCCUCGUUUUCUUUCUUUCCCUCUCGCCUCCACAUGCUGCUUGGCAAGCACGUCUGUGUGUGUGUGUGUGUGUGCACCGCCACACGCCAUCGCUCUGCUCUCUGCACCGACAAUGCCUUGUUUGUACCGUUCCCUCGGUGCAACUGCGCAUGCAAGCACACGAGUGCCCACGUGAUGCCGUGAGCUUUGCGCUGUGUCCGCAUCUGCAGUGCUGCUCGCAUGCGUUGCUCGCGUACCUGCGCAUGUGCGUGCGUUUGCUCCUGUAUGAGCGUCCACACACAUGUCGUGCGUUGCGCAGGGCCCGGGAGCACUCUCGUUUGGUGCGGCAGUGCUGGGACGCGCUGUAGCGUGGCGUGGGCUUUGGGCGGCUACGUUGCGAGGCGCAGAAGCUUGGGUGCUGCUGCUGUCUCGUCUGUCAUGCAGUCGGGUUCACCGUGCACUCGCCCGUCGUGUGCAUGGCCACCAUGACGAUGAUGAUUGAGAUAGUGGUGACGUUGAUGGCACUCGAGCGACGGCGGUGGCGGCUCCAGCCUUUCAACCACUGCCUCAGCGACCGGUGCCAUCGCUCGCAGCGUUCGUUCUCUCUGCGCCUUGUGCGCUUUCGCCUUUGGCGUCAUGGCACGGCUACCAACACCACGUGCUGUCGUCUCCCGUGGUUGUUGAGAGCGGUGCUCCCCACCGGCACAUGCCCCCUCCCCCGUCCCCAACGGGCCACCACAGCACACAUGCACGCUUGAGGCACACAUGCACCUGCAACGCGUGUUGACCCGCUCCUCCCCCCCCCCCCGUGUCUCCUCCCUCCGUUGCGUUUUGUCGCUUUUGGCCGGCGCGUUUGGACUGGGCGCUGGCUGCCUCGCCGCCGACGUGGGAACACGACAGGUAAAGAGUUUCGACUGCUCAUCGUCACUCUUUACCUUUCACUCUCCCUCGUCGCGCGUCUGGGCGUGGCCUAGCGCUUGCUUCUCUCGCUUUCGCGCCUACUUGUGCAAGCGUUUUUCAAACAUUUUGCAAGAGAUUCUUCUGUUUCCUUUUUCCUCUUCUGGACAUCAUCGCGACUUCUCUUUGUGACGCUGCACUUCUUUUUUUAGCUUUGUGCGCCACUCAGUUUCCUUUCUGCCCUCAACCACGCACACUUAGACAUGCUAGCUCUUGUGUAUCCUGUGUGCUUGUGUGGGUGUGUAUGUGCACUGUUGAUUCGACGCAGCAGCCGCAACGUGGUUUCGGUUGUGGUUGCAUGGUUUUAGUCGUGUGGCGUUGUUCCUCCAAGUUCCAUGUUUCCUUUAUCCCCAUGGUGUGCAUUCCUCGGCACCCCACUGUUGGUGCUGCCUGCGUGACAUGACGCUAACGCUUGCUGCUGUGUGGCUGCUUUUUUCUGUUACCGUGUCGCUGUUUGUGUGUUGUUGACAGAUGUGCGCGACAUCCGGUUUGUGAUCAACUUUGACUUCCCCAACAACUCUGAGGACUACGUGCACCGCAUUGGCCGCACAGCGCGUGGCGGCGGCGAGGGCACGGCGUACACGCUGUUUACCAUCAAGAACGCCAACAAGGCGCGCGACCUCGUGUCUGUGCUGCGUGAGGCAAAGCAGGAGAUUCCUCCCCGUCUCCUCGAGAUGGCCGACGCUUACGGCGGUGGAGGUCGCCGUCGUGGUGGCCGCAGCAGCCGCGGUGGCGGUGGCGGGCGCGGCGGCAGCCGCGGGUACGACCGCUACGAUCGCCGCGACGACUCGUACGGCGGGCGCGGCGGCAGCAGCCGCUAUGGCUCCUCCGGCGGCUACGGUGGCAGCAGUUAUGGCGGAAGCAGCAGCGGUGGUGGCAGCAGCUACGGCUCGUCAAGCUACAGCUCAAGCUCGUAUCCGCCACGCGGCCAGGCGUCGUCCGGCGCCCCACCGCCGCCGCCGUCGGGGUCCUCUGGAAGCUGGGGCAACUCAUCGUCCUCGUACGGUGCACCACCCCCGGCCCCGUCGUCGUCGUACCCAAGCUCCUACCCGCCCGCACCCUCGUCCUCCCAUGGACCGCCGCCGCCAGCGGGACCACCACCCCCACCCCCUUCCGGCUCAAGCUAUCCACCACGCCCAUGAAGGACCCGCAUCUGAUGGAGAGGAAAUAGGCGGCGACAUUCACCUCUCUUUUUAAGCGCAGUGCAAUACGGCUGUGGUUUGUCUGCAACUGCGCCUUGUUUCGUUGAUUGGUUGUUUGUUGUUCUCGUUGUUCUCGUUGUUGGGUUGCUUGUGCUUGUUGGCUGCUUGUUGGUUGUUUGCUGCGCGCGACCAUGGAACACGCCCACUCGCUUUUGCCGUGUGGUAUUCCUCGCGUCUCGCGUGGUCCAGCCCUCUGAUUGCAUAGCACGCGUGACCGUUUUGUCUUGUUUGCUUCAUUCCAGCCCAACCUGCUAUCGUUUACGCUCUCUCAAAUGAACCCAUCAGUCCAUGA